UUCUUCUUCUUCAGAAAGCUUUUCAAUCUCUCUCUCUUCUCUCUCUACAUUUUCUCUCUCUAAAAUCAUCCAUCUUUUUCAUCCUUUUUGUUAGAAUUCGGUGGAUUUGUGUUCGUAAUCGUAAGUAUUUCUCUAGAUUGAAGGAAGAAAUCCAGAUGACGGAAGAUGUUUGGGUGAAAUCGGCGAUGAAGGACGACGAUAUAGUAGCGGAGUUACUCUUGAGGAUAAAGCAUUCAUCUGCUGACCAGAUUCCGCUUAUGUUACCGCCUGUUCGAUGGGGAAGCUAUAAGAUUAGGUCGUCGGCUAUUAGAAAGGAGAAAUCGGAACCGAUGAGAUGUAGUCCGAAAACACCGCUUUCGUGGAGCGGCGGCGGCGGUGGACUCGGCGGCGGUGGUGGUGGAACAUCGGCGAGUGAUUUGUGUGAAGAGUCUAGUAGAGGUUCUGAUGGUAAAUCCAUUGCCAGAUCUAAGGGUGCUUUUUGUAUUGAUAAUGGGUCCAAUUCAGAUAUCGACAAGAGAUUUAGAAAGAAAAUGGGUAUUUCUGAGCUUAAAGAAGAAGAAAUGGUUCAGAUGAAGGAAAACAUACAUUUAAAGAAGGUAAUUGAAAAGCUGAGAAUGACAGUUGAUGAACAGAAAGAUGAAAAUCAGAGCUUGAAGAGAAGGAAACUGAGUGAUGGGUUUUUGUUACAAUCAUCAUCUUCAACUUGCUUAGAAGAAAGAACAGAGAAAAUCGAGAAAAUAGAGAAAGUCGAAGGAAGGAAGUUUGUUCUACCGGAUCUAAACUUGUUACCAGUUGAUGAAGAUGAUGAAGAACCAAUUCAAUCUUCAUGGAGAUGAUUUUUUCUUGAUUAUAAUUUGGAUUUGGAGUAGAGGAGAUGGAAUUGAAAUACUAAUGGCAAGAAUUUUUUAGAUUUUAUUUCAUUUCUCCCAUUUUUUUUUUAUUAUAGAAAAGGAACAUAUGGAAUUGCAGAUAAACUCUUUGUUUAGAUCUAUAUAAAUCUUUUGUCAAUAUUCUUUCUU